ACAUUUAUUUUUUUCUGUUCAAUUUUUAUAUGUAUUUCCAUUUAUUUGCUUAAAAAAAAUUGUUGAAUAUAUAUAUUUAAAUAGGAAAAGAUGAAAUUCGAAACAAUUGCUAUUGGAAAUAAAGAUUAAUCGUAAAUGUGAUAAUGGACAAUUUUGUGAAUAACAAAGGCAAAAAGAAGAAAAAUAAUAAUAAACGUGAAUUGUGUUUGUUCUACUCUAAUAUUAUAUCGAUCGAAAAAUUAUUAUUUGCAAAGCAAAAUAUUCGGACAUUGAUAAUAAUUGGUCAACGAGAUAUUAGUUCUUUCAGUGCAAUUUCGCAAUUAAUAGAAUUGCAGGAAUUAUGGAUUGUCGAAUGUGGUAUCAAGGAUGUACCAUCCUUCAAAGAAAAUUGUUUAUUGAAAAAACUUUAUCUGUAUUCCAACGAAAUAUCUCACAUACCAAAUUUAGAAGUUUGUUUACAUUUAAAUGUUUUACACCUAGCAGGAAACAAUAUACACAAACUUGAGAAUUUGGAUACAUUAACAUGGUUACAAGAGCUUAAUCUGGCUAACAAUAAAUUAGAAAGAAUAAAUAAAAUAUCUUGGAAAAAGUCUGAACUACGUUGUUUAAAUUUAGCAGGAAAUCCCUUAUACUUUAUAAAGGUAUGUAGAGUAUUUGAAUAAACUCUAUUUGUAUAUUAAUAUACUUUCUUCAAUUACAAGGAUAUAAGAUAUCUAUCACAAUUGCAAAAAUUAAAUUCAUUAAUAUUUACGGAUCCGUUAUAUGGAGAUUGUCCUUUGAUAACAUUUUGCAAUUAUCGCAUAUAUGCUAUUAAUUAUCUUCCACAUCUUAAAAAAUUAGAUC